UAUGUUUAUCAUAAAAGAUCGCAUAUACAUAUGCAACAAAUUAUGAAUUAAAGUACUAAAUUGUCUAUUAUUUAAAUUGCUAGUAUAUACAUACAUUAUGCUGUUGAAGUCAUAGUCUUUCAAUGACGUUUUAAAAAGAAGAAAACACAAAUAAAGAGGAAUCGCAAAAAAUACCCAUUUCAUUUCGUUUUGCCAUGAGUUUCCAAGAAAAUUGCCUUCAUUGAUUUUCUGAGUUACAUCGUGGUUAUAUCAACGUUCUUGUAAACAGUGAAAUUAUUAAACGAAAAUUCAUUUAAUAGCGUUAGAAUAACGAAAAAACAGCUGAAAAUAUGAAUCGGUCGCGUCGGCCUCCUCAAAAUAGAAAUUUUGUGUCUGGCGGAGUAUAUGAUCCGCGACAAUCGUAUAUUGAUCAGCAAGCAAAUCAAGGAGGCGGACAAUAUCAGAGACGCCAAAAUCAAAAUUAUGCCAAUAAAGCUGUGCGGAAUGAAAAAACGCACCAAGUGCAGCAAGAAAUUAAGGUACAAGAGCAACAGAAAUAUGAAAAUACACAACCGCCACCAUUAGAGCCACCGCCACAACCACCACAAAUGGAAGAUGAUACAGCAGAAGAAGAUAUCAAAGCGGAGGAUUCUGGCCUAUAUGAUGAAAGUGGAAAAUUGCAGUAUAAGAAUAUUUUUCGUACGCGCAAGAAGUCUUCCGUUCGUGCCAAAGAGAAGAAAAUACGCCAGAAUCGUCAACUGCGCAAAACACUAAUCCCUAAGAAUGCCUUGAUGGUUCUGAAUGAGGUCGUUGGCUUGACAAUUAGCGAAUUUACUAUAACCAACGCUUCAGGUGGUGGAUUUGUAGCUGUUGUUACUGUUAAUGAUAAACAAUAUGAAGGCAAAGGUCAUUCUAAGAUAGCUGCUAAGAAUAGUGCUAGCGAGAAAGCAUUGCGCGAUUAUGUGUUGGAGAAAAUGCGUGAAAAGCCACGUUUGCGUAAGAGCUCCGUUAAUAAUGAUGAAUCUGUGGAAAUGGCCGUUGAUGUUCCCACUGAAUCGAUCAGCGAGAAUGGCGAAGACGGGCAGCAGGAUAAUGCUGGUACAACACCGUUAAUCGAUGAUGUACCCAUGGUCAAUUUGGCUUCAUUCGCUAUUUUUAAACUGUUUACUGAAUGGGAGAACGAGGGUUAUGUUGUACCGGAGUUGCGUGUUGCUCAUCCGCCGCAAACAGGCUCUGGCAACGACAGCACUAAUGGAGAUGGCAACCCUCAGUUUAAGCCACCAAAGGCGGCACCAAUUCGCUCUGAAUUGCCAAACAAUUGGGAAUCAAUUCAUCCUUCUACUUUACUCUGUAUGAUGCGGCCAGGAUUGCAGUAUCGCGAAAUUGGCACAAUAGGCGACCCACCAAAUGUAUUACAGCGCAUGGGCGUUACCGUCGACGAUGUGGACUAUGAAAGCUCUGGUCGAUCUAAGAAAAUUGCUCGCCGCAAUGUUGCCGUUUGUGUGCUAAACGAGUUGUUCGGUACUAAUUUUGUCAAGGAGCCACCAUUUGAAGAAUAAAUGAAAUAAAAAUAUAUUGAAAGUCUUGACUACAAAUCUUAAUCAAUUUUCAAACUUCAGUAUAGAAAUUAAGAUUUUACCACACAAUUACUGAAUUUUACAAAUAAUAAAAAUUUUCGUUUGGAAUAAUGAUGAUCUUUCUACUAUUAUAUAUCCAUAAUAGUUUUCUAAAAGUAAUAAUUCACUACUACAAGAGUUCUGAUGGGAUUAUCACAAAUAAAUAUGAUAAAAGUCGAUUUGUAUAAAAAUCAAAAACAGAUUUUGUUGUUUUUCUGGAGAAUUUUAAAAAAAUGUUAAUUGCACAAAUGAGUCCAUUCAAUUGAAAAUAGAAGAUCUUGAGUAAGAAAAUUUCGUGGUAAAAAUAAAGAAGAAAGAAAACAAAAAAAAAUAUCAAGAAAAAAAUUAGAUUAAUCUAUUUUUGGAUGAAAGACAUCUUGUGUCAGAUUUUCUUUUAAGAUAGCAGAAGAAGAUUGCCUUGGACAAUACCAAAUUUCGUGAAGAUAUCUAAUAAAAAAGAUAUCAAAUAAAAAAGUUUUUCAUACAAGAAUUUAAUUGCUAUAUGGCAGCUAUUUUCUAUAGUCGUCCGAUAUCGGUUCCGACAAAUGAGCAGCUUCUUGGCGAGAAUAGGAUAUGUGAAAAGGUUUGGUGUGGUUUGCGCGCCGGUGGAAUCAUACCAUAGAUAAUAGACCAUAUUACUUCAAAAAUGAUGACGGUGAGAAUGUAACCGUAAAUGACGACCGUAUCGCGCCGUGAUAACCGACUUUUUGAUGCCUGAAAUUGAAGCUCGUCAUCUCGGUGACAUUUGGUUUCAACAAGACGGCGCCACAAACUUGGUGGAAAACUUAUUAUAAACUGUUUAGGGUAUAAAAAUUAUUAUAAUAAAGGUAAACAUAAUAUAAAUAAUAAAAGACGUGUGUUUUCUUCUGGAUAUAUUAUAUUAGAAAUGAAAAUAAAAAUAGUAAUUUUACAAAAACAAAUUUCAAUCAAAGAUCAUAUUUAAAUAUGAUUACAAUUCAUGUUUAAUGUAAUGUGUUUUUUUUUCACCCAUAUUUAGUCGCUGUAAUUUAACAAUAAAAAUACAUACAAUGUUUUUAUAUGCCUGCUUUAUUAUUUUUAUUUGAAUGACAAUAAAAUAUUAGUUUCAUAUUUUGGCUUUACAGAAAUCUUAUAUCUGGCCCAGUUAAUUGGUUGUUCUUAACUUUCUGUCGAAUUGCUUUUACUUGUACAUACAUACAUAUGUAUGUACCAUAUAUUAUGUAAUAUUUUGUCGUCGACGGCGCAUAGGCUGCUAAAUAGCAAAUUUAGCUUGCUUUAUGUUUCGACGUACGGUAUUUAUGUUUUAUAUGUAUUACAUUCAAUUCAAUACAAUUCAAUUAGAUAAUUUGCUUUCGUUUUGUUUGGUAACUUGAUUGCAGCACUAAAAAGAAAUGGUCGAGCAAAAAGUGUAACAAUUUAAUACGCUUUUCAUUUUAAAUACCAACUCAUGUCAUACCGCGAUCGAUCACCGAUUAUUGAAGAAUCUACUACAUCGAAUCAUUUCAUCAUUCACAUUUCGUAUUUCGCUCUCUCACAAACACCUGCAUGCAAAUUUAUUCAAACUCUUAUUGUGUGUGUGUGUGUAUGUGUGGGUUGCAUGGAGAUAAAUACGCACGUGUGUUUGUGUGUUCUUUUAUUAUACUAUUUGGAAUGAAUUUAAAUGAAAAAAAAAAAUAAUAAUAAUAAAAGUACUUGACAUUGCUGACUUCGGGGCGUAACAUUGUAGUCUCACAGACCCACUAAAAGUUUUUCUUUUUUAUAUAUUGGCAUAUGCCGCAAAAGCCUAUUUGCAAUUUCUGAGAGAGACAAAAAAAAAAUUACAAAAUUAUAAUAAAAAUACACAAAAAAAAAAUUAUAGCGUGAUUUUCAUUUUAAAUUUCGUACAUUUUCAAUUAUUAUUAUAUUUUUCAAAUAGUGCGACACAAACGCGCAACGGUAACUACUACUCUUUAAAAACAAAAUGCGAUAAACAUUGAAAUAAAAAAUGGUAAUUUUUUUUUUGUAAAAAUGGAAUUUGUGCAGCAGAGCUCACUCACAUUCAAAUUUCAUACUCAAAGAAUGAUUUGCGCUUAUUUAAAUAUUAAUUGUAUACAAUCAUUCACAAUGACUCUGCCAAUUAUUUUUUAUAUAUGUAUUUACUGAUGUAUAAAAAAAGUGUAUUGCGAAUACAAGUUAUUUACGGAGAUACAUACAUCCAUAUAUUCGUAUUAUCUUUGCCAGUGUUUGAAUGUACCUUUUUACAUAUUUAUGUCGGCCUCUUUUCAGUAUGCACAAAUAUCGUAUGUAAUGCAAAAGGCUAAUUCAUGUACAUACAUAAACAUAUGUGGCACAUAUUCAUGUACAUAUGUAUAUAUAUGACGAAAAGUUACAUAUAAUAAAUCUUAAUGGUACGAACAACAAUAAACACUUUAUACACACUUCAGUCUCGUGUGCACAAAUACAUUCGCACCGACUUUUUAUGUUACUUGAACGAAACUUUUUUCAUCAUUCAAGUUAAUAUAAAAAAAAAAAAAAAUAAUUACUAAUAUUUUAUUUAUAAGAAAAUUGAAUUUUUCAGACUUUUGAAGCUGCAUACUUGUAUGCAAAUAUUUUUAAUGCUAUGCUCAAAAAUAUGCACGUUUAUGUCUAGCAUGGGCAAAUAUUUCUGUGCUGUUGUGUUGUUUGGUUAUUUUUUAUAUUUUACAUACGAUAUUUUUGUACUUGUAAACUUAAUAUAUUUUAAUUUGUUUGGAUUUAUGUAUGUAUGUAUGUAUGUAUUUUAGUUAGGUGGGCACAUUGCGAAUUGCUAUUCCGAAUUUGCGGAAUUCAAAAUUAAAUAAAUUCUCAUUUUAUGCUAAGAAAAUAUAUAGCAUUUUAAAAAAGCCAACAAUUUGAAAUGAACAAAAUUCGUUUACCUGAAGAGAAAUGAGAUUCAAUGAGAGCUAAAAACUAUAAUGGGCAGUACACAAUGUACAAACGAAAAAACUAAAAAUAAAUAAAUAGAAAUUUAUAGAAAAAAAAAUGUAAUAAAAAAAAAAUAUAUAUAUUAAAGAAGUAUUAACAGAACAGAACAAAAAAAUUAAAAAGAAAAUAUCUAUAAAAAAUAUUACAACAAAAUAUUAUAUAAAAAAAAAUUGAAAAAAAAACUAAUUAUAAACAAAAAAAUUAUAUGUUCUGCAGUUUGUAAUUUAAUUUAGAAUCAAUGAUAUUUUAACGUUUAAAAAAAUUAAAUAUGCAAAAGAAAAUGUAGCACAUAAUUUCAAAAAUAUUGAUUUCUUACAGCGCAAUUAUCUGCGAGUUUAAUAAUUCAAAUGAAUAAAUUUGCGGUAAACGAAUUCUUCUUCACUUGAACUAAAGCAGAAACCACUUUCUCCCACAACAACCAUUCAUUCGCUCGGCGAAAAUUCACAAAUUUCCAUUUUUUACAUUAACUAUUUUGGUAUGCAUAUUUUCAAAACAAACUAAAUAAAUUACUUACAGUGUGCAAAAACCAAUUGUGUUUUAGUAUUCAGUUCUAACACUAAUGCUUUUCAAAAUUUUCAAAGAGGGAACCCUACAGCUCAAUAAAAAAAAAUAUUUGUAUUUAUGUUUGCAUGUGAAAUAUUUCACACACAAAACGUAAGGUAGGGAAAAUCAUUUAAUGCGUUUAAUGAGAAACAUUUUUGUUUGUAAAAUUAGCAACUUAUUUAAUGUUUCAUUUAGUUCAGCUACAGUUUCGCACAACUGCACUGGCGCAAUACGAAAAUUCUUUAAAAUAUGCAAUAUAUAUGUAUAUAUAUAUUUUUUUUUUGUACAUAUAAACGUUAGUUUUGUAGAGUUUGUGAGUUCAUGUAAUUUGUUAUUUUUAACGUACAUAUGUACACAUGUAUAUAAUAUAUAUAUGUAUAUAUAAUAAAAAAAAAAGAAAAAUAUAGUAUAGAAUGUGCCUCAUAUCAUCCAUAUAAAUAUAGUUUUGUUAUCAUAUGUUUUUUUUUUAAGUCUAUCACAUCACAUUUUGUUGUUGGUUUUUGUAUGCUAAUUUUUAUGUUGUCGCUUUGCAGUUGUUACAUUCAAUUUUUGUUUUUGUUUUUGCCAUAAUUGCAGCAUUUUUCCAUAACGCGGCUCUGCCAAAACAAAACAAAAACCAAUGCAUUUAAUAAAUACUGUUUUUGAAACAAUAUUUUUGGUUCAAAAGAUUUGUUUUUUUGUCCCCCGAUUUAGUUUCUUUGUUACGACCCGUAUGACGGGCAAUUCCUACAUAGUUACCCUGCUAAACAAAGUAUUUUUUGUUCACUGCAAAAACAACAGCAAAAAAAUCACCUUUUUUUAUGUAUAAAAAUAAUUCUUUUGUUUUCUUUUCGAUAAACAAUGUUAAUUUUCCAAUUAUGUGUUCGAAUUACAAGCUACAUAUGUAUGUAUGUAUAAAAAAAAAAAAGUGAAAAAUAAAAACGUUUAUUUAAUUCAACAAUUCUAGUCUGCUUUAACUAAGAGAUCUUUAGGUUGAGUACAACAACAUAGUUGAACAUCAUUGAAUACUGCUAAUAUCCAAAUUAAUGCGAUUCGAUGAAAAAUUCUCUUUCGUUCGUCACAAGUGAAUUAUGCCAUGAAAGCUUAUAAACGGCGAUUGGCGUUUUGGUUUAGGUACUAACUAUAUGUUUGUUUGGCCGUUUUUUAAUUUUUUUGGUUCUGGUUUGAAGUUCCUGCCCAAAAAGUAACUAGUACCUACAUACAUAUAAUGCAAUUAUUUGCCACGUAAACGAGUUUAUCGCUUUUUCAUCUUUAACUAACGAAAUUGUUCCAUACACAUAUGAUGUAUUUGCAUAUGCAUACAGUUAUACUCGUAUGUUUUAGUAAGCCUUAUGCUUUGCUACAAAACCAUGUGAUUGCUUCUGUGUUUAGUACAUAGUUACAUUUGUUACAACUUUUAUAUUUAUAAAAAAAAAAUAUAUAAAUAAUAAUUAAUUGUGAAAAAUGCCAUUUUCCAGUUGAUUUUGUUUUUUAAUUUUGCUUUUGUGUCAACAGCAAAGUUGGUAGAAACAAUGUGUGAAAUUGGUUGGUUGUUUAACCAAAUGUCCCAGUUAAUUACUACAUACAUGCAUUUCACUAUGCUUUUGAGCAACGAGAAAUUCAUUUGCAUAUUACUUAACUGCGUUAGCAAUUGCUUAAGUAUAUACAUACGUAUAUAUGUAUGUGUGUUUGUGCAUACAUGCUUAAUGUAUGACUGUAAAUGUGUUUUUUUUUUGGGACUUUUUGGUUAGGAAUAUUCGAAUAAUUGCAUUUUAUUUAAGUGAAAUACAAAACUAUUUCUUAUAAAUUAACGUUCACGUUUUAUGUUUUCGCUUAUUUCCUCACAUUUACACAUAUAUAUGUAUAUAUGUAUAUAUACUUAGCAUACAUAUAUAUAUGGCAUUUAAAAAAAUAUUUAUAUUUGUUAACUUCUAUCCUGCUUUGCACACUUUCAGUUUCUUUUUUGUUUGUUUGUAUAAUUUGACUUUGGCUUCGAUACUAACAACUUUUAGCAGUUACAUUUGUUCAGUUUUACUAAAAGUUUAUUUUAAUACUCUUAUUUCUUCUCAAUAUUAAAAUUCGAAUACAAAGUCGCUUGCAGACUUUCGUGUUACUUCGGUAGGAAUACGAGCAGCAGCAGAAUAAAGCACAAAGUGAAUGAACUUGCGACAAAUUGUAUAUGCCUUUUUGUACUCCAAUAUUUGUUUUCAAAAUUUUAUGAACAAAUAUUUAAUUCGAAGUGACUUUGAAGUAAAUGUGGAGCAAUACCAACAUCUUGUUUGCAAUACAUUGUAUUCAAAAGCUCAAACUAUUGCAAUUGCUUAAAUAAAAUCUACUUGAAGUUGAAGUAACCAUAUUUAUAUAUUUAUAGGUAUUACUGCUGGAAAAUGAGAGAAUAUUUCUUCAUAUGUUUCCAUAAAGCGUUUACGUGUAUUUUUUUGUUACGUAUUCCGUUCAGUGUGUCUUUAGAAAAAAGCAUGUAUUAAUGUACAUAUGUAUUACUAUAUUGUGAAGGAAUAGUAAUCUUGUCGCAUGUUAAAAGGGACUUGCAUAACUUUCAUAAAAUGUGUGUAUAUAUGUUAUUUGUUGUGUGCAGUGGCUUUUUAAUUAGGGUUAAUGUUUGGCAGUGAGUGUGGUAGAUUGUGACUCAUAAAACAAAAUAUGCAACGUUAACUAUAGAAAAUCUUAAAUUUGAAAAAUUUUAACAACAAUAAUCUCAAAUCCAAAGCAUUUUUAAGAUUUGUUGUUUGAUUUUAGCGAUUAAACCGCUUUCAUGUACAUUUUAAUAAAAGUUCUAAAACAGUUGGGUAGAAUUAUUUUUUUUUUUUAAACACUACCACAAAAGAAAUAUAUACAUAUGUACCCGAUAAUUUGACGUUUACUUCUACUACACUGCAUAUGAAUCAAAGCGUCAUUGAAAUACUGCUCCACACUAAACCCGGACCAUGUUAGAGUUAACCAAAAGAAGUCUCGUCUUUGUAGUUAGUCUACAUAUUUUCAACAGCGUUCACUAACAUGCUAUUACAAAAAAAAAAAAUAAAUGAAAAGCUUUUCUGCAGCUUAACAGCUAUUCUAACAUACGAAUAUUCUUCCCUAUGAUUUUGGUUUGUCUCAUAAACAUACAUAUUUACAUGAUCGUCGUUUGUACAAGUAUGUUUGCAAUUAUUUUGAUUCAAGUGUAAACUUGUUUUAUGUUUGUAUGGAUGAAUGCGGCGCAUUUUAUGAUUCUUUUUUAUACGGUUAAAAAUUUUUAUGAAUAUGUAACUGGCUAGAUUUGGCUGUUGCAAUUCAAUGUUUUUUUUUUUUGGAUAAUUAAGUUAAAUUAAAAUUACAUUUGAUAUAUUAAUUAUAUAACGUUAAUGCGUGUACUUCAAUAUUUUGAAGUUAUUUGGAAAUUGUUUCUCAUUAGUAAAGGUUGUCUUUUGUUCGAUUAAAAAAAAAAAAAAAAAAA